UCUUAAAUAAUUUUUAUCUAAUGGAGAGCAAGUCUAAGGCAAAAGGAAUCUUGAAGAAAGCAGGAAGUUACCUUCAAGAGAAUGAAGACCAUUUGGGUAUUAAAUGGGAUGAAAAAGUUAUUGACGAGCAUGAUAAAACCAGAGGAAUGGCUAUGAAAAUAGAUGAACCCAAAACUCCAUAUGAGAUUAAAUCAGAUGACGAAGAAGAGGAAGACAAGGAUGAUGAAACACCAGAAGCAAUAGAAAUUAAGCAACAUCUUUCAGAAGCAGAUGCAAAUGCAAGGUUAAAUGCUCAACUAAAUGAGAAAACACUUGAACUUCUCAGCCAAAAAUUGGAGGGUGGUGAUAAACUCAAAGACGACGAUGACGAUAUGACUGAAGAAGAGAGGCAAAGGAAGGCUGAGUUCAAGAAGAAGAUGAAGAGCCAUUAUAAAGGAGAAGCAAAUGCAGCAUUAUUACUUAAAAAGAAAUACUCUUAA